UACAUACUCAACACCAUCAUCUCGCUGCUCUCAAACUUUGUCGUCUGCUCAUAGGAGGGCUCCUGUGCAAUAUAUUGUACUCGGUACACCGAGCACAAUUGGUUUGGUGCGUGCGCGCGUCCGAUGCUACCGUAGCCCGUGCUCGUGUUUGCCCCAACGUUGACUUGACCUACUGAUGCACAACUUACGAAUGUGUGCCCGUUGAUUGACGCGAGGUGUAGGGCUCGUGCUCCAACGAAGGGCUCUUGGUGCUCCCCCGAAGUGAAGUUACAUAGUUUUUUUUCCCCUUUCUUUCUUUCGUGCCCCACGAGUGUGUGCUCUCGGGGCAUUAUUGUUUCCCUACUGCCACACCUGAGCUUGUUUUUCCGGACAUCCGAACAAUUGGAGAAGACAGGCCAAACGUCGAUUUCAAAUUCGAAAUAUACGUACAUUUCGCCACGACAAGUGAAAAAGACAGUGAGCCUAUCUCGGAAAAUCAACACCGGGACGUGAUAUCAGCGACACGGCAUUGACUCGAGCGCGCCGAUUUCGUUCGUAUAUACGACCGGAAGUGAGAAUGAAGUCCAGCGUCGGCGAGCCGGGCAGCCGAGGGGCAGCGAGGAUCAGGUAGCGAAAGUGGGUUACGAGCCAAUAACUCCAAGCAUGAGAGCAGCGGCGACCCGUUUGACGAUUCCGAGACGAUGCUAGAGGACCUGACCGGCCUCAAACUCGCCAAGAGUACCACCAACAACAACAACAACGACGGUAAUUUGGACACCAUUGAACUGAAGGAGGUGAAAGUGAGGAAAAUGCCGACGGCCGAGAGCACGAGCAACAGGGCCUCGAACGAGGAGUCGUACCUGAAACGCGGUCGGCCCUCGAAUCUCCUGCAAACGAGUUUCUCGAGCGCGAAGCUCGAGUCCCUGUACCACAGCUCGUCGUUGCAGCAGCGCCGGGGCGGGCUCCAGUGUUUCCUGGUGGCCUCGGUGUGCUACGAUGCGUACAUCCUCUUCCUGCCGGACACGGAGUCGGUGAGGCGCGCGACGACGCUCGUCUGCCUGGUCGUGAACCUCGGGCUGCUCGCGUGGGCCGAGAGGGGCACCAAGGCGCGGGACGUGCUCUGGUCGUACGUGCCCCACGUGGCCUGGCUCGUGGCCGGUCUCCAGUUGCUCGUGCAGCUGUUCCUCAAGCAAACCGAGCCCACGCCACGCGACAGCCUCGGCUGGCUGCUCCUCGGCCUGUACCUGCACUUUGCCACCCUGCCGCUGAGGUUCUCCUUCUGCGCGCUCGUCGCGGCUGCCACCGCGGCCUCGUACAUGCUCUCCGUGGUCUGUUUGACCAGGCCCGAGACCGCGGUGCCCCUCGAGGUUCUCAUCCUGACGAUAAGCUUGUGCGUGUGCGCGGCAAUCCUCGGGGCGUCGACUUACUCCCUGGCGGAGUUCCAGCAGCGCCGAGCCUUCCUCGAGACGAAGCAGAGCCUGGAGAUGCAGCUGGUGAUCGAGGAGCAGAGCGCCGAGCAAGAGCGCCUGCUCCUGAGUGUCCUGCCGGAGCACGUGGCCGUGAAGAUGCGCCAGGACCUCGACGCCACGACGGACACGCAGUUCAAAAAGAUCUACAUGUCGCGGCACGAGAACGUCUCGAUACUCUACGCCGACAUUGUCGGCUUCACCGCCAUCUCGUCCACCUACUCGGCCAGCGAGCUCGUCAAAAUACUCAACGAGCUGUUCGCUAGGUUCGACCAGCUCAGCGAGAGAUACGAGCAGCUGCGCAUAAAGAUCCUGGGCGAUUGUUACUACUGCAUAAGCGGAGCGCCCCAGGAGCGUCCGGAUCACGCGGUGCUGUGCAUCCACAUGGGCCUGUCGAUGGUCGAGGCGAUCAAGUACGUCCAGCAGAAGACCAACAGUCCGGUCGACAUGAGGGUUGGCAUACACACCGGUGCCAUUCUCGCUGGGGUGCUCGGACAAAAACAAUGGCAAUUCGACGUUUACAGCAAGGACGUCGAGCUAGCCAACAAAAUGGAAAGCAGCGGACAAGCUGGCCGAGUGCACAUCUCGAACGUGACUCAUCAGUUCUUAAACGACGAGUUCGAGGUGGAACGGGCGUACGGGGAGAUGCGCGAGGAGGCGCUCAAGAAGGCCGGUAUCAUCACGUACUUCAUAGUGAGAGCGAAGCGGCCCUUCCAGCCGGCCAAGACCAAGAGCUUGGCGUCCCUCAACGACGUCGAGUACAUCCAAAAGCCCCUGCCCCAGGUCACCGACACCCACACCAAGGAGGACUCGGAGGAGUUCCGGCAACGACUGCGCAAGGAGCUAGACAGCCGGGUGGGUGGAGGGGCCGAGCUCAAGGACCACGCGUCCGGGCUGACGCUGGCCUUCAAGGACCCCGGCCUGGAGAAGGGCUUUCACGGGGUGGAGGAGGCAUUCUCGCCGCUAUCCCUCCUGGGUGGCCCGCUGGUGCUGUUGUGCGCCUCGCCGCUCUGGAAGUUCCAGCCCUGGGGUCCGUUCACGUGGGGCGGUGCAGUGGCGGUCAGCUUGUUCGCGGUCUUCCUGGCUGGUGCCACCUGCCUCGGCCGCUCGAUCCAGGCUGGUUGGCUCCGGCGCACCCUGGCCGUCCUCAUGAUCUUCUCCCUCGGGAUCUUUAUACUGCUGGACAUGGCAAACUGCGGGAUAAUCGAGAACCUGGACCCGCACAACCCGAACAGCAACGUGACGGCCCGCUACUCGCCCCGGUGUCCCUAUCCAUCCUACUACUCGUACAUCGGGGCUCUGGCCCUCGUGGUCAUAUCGAUGCCGACCUACAUAUGUUACUGGAUGAAGGGCCUGAUGAUGUACGCGCUAGCCGCGGCUCAGUGCGUCAUAAACAUCGUUUAUCUAGGCCCGAGCCUCGACCGCGAGGACUUGGCCAACGCCUCGCCCGAUCAGGACCUCAUACACCUCAAGUACUCGCUCUCGGCAACUCAGCUCACCAUAGCCUUCGUCCUCCUACUCGUCGCUCGAUACAUGGAGCGAGCCCGUAGGAUACUGUUCCUCCGAGGACGGGAGGUCGAGGCGCAAAAGGAGCGCGCGGCUGACAUAAAGCGCCGCAACGGCGUCCUCAUAUUCAACAUCCUGCCACCCCACGUGGCCACGUAUUUCCUGUCGACGCGCAACACCCGCCACCACGACGAUCUUUACAGCCAGAGCUACGCCGAAGUUGGGGUGUUGUUCGCCAGUAUGCCCAACUACACGGACUUUUACAGCGAGGAGACCAUCAACAAUCAAGGACUUGAGUGCCUUAGGUUCCUCAACGAGGUCAUCUCGGAUUUCGAUGCCAUCCUGGAAAAGGAGCAGUACAAGGAUAUAAUAAAAAUAAAAACCAUCGGUUCGACGUACAUGGCGGCGUCGGGUAUAAGCGACUCGGCUGAAGACGAGAACGCGCCGCCCUGGCAGCACCUGUCCCGGCUGGUCGAGUUUGCCCUCGAGAUGAAGCGGACCUUGUCGGACAUCAACAAAGAGAGCUUUAAUCACUUCGUCCUGAAGAUGGGGAUCAAUCACGGGCCGGUGACCGCCGGAGUCAUAGGUGCCCGCAAGCCGCACUACGACAUCUGGGGUAACACGGUCAACGUCGCCUCGAGGAUGGAGAGUACCGGCAAAGUUGGCUGCCUCCAGGUGACCGACGAGACGAGAAAGAUCCUCGAGCCUUUCGGCUACGGUUUCGAGCAACGUGGGCUUGUGUUCGUGAAAGGCAAGGGCCAGCUGCUCACCCACUACCUCAUCAAAAAGGACGGCGAGCUCCUCCACCUCGAUAGCGAUUUGCCGGUCGAGCCGGCUCAUCCCAUUAUCUACCAGUAAAGGAGUUCGCCCACUGACCGACUGAUGGUAAAUAAAUCUCCAGGAGCUUUUUUAAAGAGCGAGACAAAUAAAACCGAGCUGCUACUCCAUCGGACGAGGAAGGAGACUUUGGGCAGCGAAGAAGUUUCGAUCGGGAAGUUGUUUUUUAUCUCCAUUGUCGUCUAAAAAUAACGCCCCCCCCCCUCGCAAGGGACGCGAAAAAGAAGCGUACAGGCGCGCGUGUUUGCUGUAUAUACACAUGUCGUACAGGCGAGGCAGGUGUAAAAAGUCGCCCAUCCCACCCAAGGGUCUCGUGCGUCAUCCAUUGUUGAGGAGAUGAUGAUCCUACUUAUAAGGAAAGGGCGCAAACAAUGGUGAUGCGAGAUCGGGGGCUAGGGUGGACAAAGCAGCCAACGAUUGUAAUACAUAAACUUAUCUACCAGUUGUUAAAAAAAAAAAAAAAAAAAAUCGAAAUUGAUUCUCAGGCAAUACAUAGGAGUAAACAGGUUUUUAUUUUGUUUUUCCGAAUAACUAAGAGCUAGUCGAUACAUGUGACUGAAAUGGUGUAUUAUUCCUCUUACAUGACAAAAAAAAAAUUAUAAAUUAAACGAGAGAAUGCUGUAUGAAAAAAAAAAGAUCAACGUUGAUAAGAGGGAAUGACGAUACCGUAGCCCAAAGUCCUACUGCCGAUGAUAGCAUUUAGUGGAACGUUUAUUUUCUCGAGUAUUGGAACAUCUAAAGCUCCUUAUUUUCCAAAUUGAAAAAAAAAAGUGGUAGUGCGAACAAAGACUUUAUACGGAGUGCACCUUCGAAUGUUAACUAUAACAUAUGUAAUAAUGUUGAUGUGUACCUGUGUAAUAAGAUAUGGAACCUAAACCCUGAAUGGACGUAGUAGGGUAGAUUGGAAGACGUUUUAGCAAAUUUCUAUAUAAAAAAAAA